AUGGUUGUGGAUGACGGCAUGCAUGGUUUUGGUGAAGACAGCCGGGCGGUUCCUGUGGCGACGAUGCCGCCGAUGCCGAACUCGCCCGGGCCCCUAGCUUCACCUUCGAUCCCAAUGCCGCCAGAGCCUACUGAUCAGCCGGUAGGCGGCGGGCUGUGGAAGAGAUCCAAGUCUCAGCGGCGGACGCGGACGAUCAAGGAGCUAAUCGAUGGCUGGUGGGAUCUUGGGUUGCUGGAGGCGCAGAAGAGACAGACCAUGUUGGCGAAUAAGGGUCUUGCUACGGCUCCGAGCAAAAAAGACUGA